UGGGUGCAGUGGCACAUCUGACUUGCUUACUCACAGAUGCGUUGAUGCUGGGGGAAUUCCUGGCUGUUCUAACUUUCAUUUUGCAUUGUCUUUUGCUCUCUAAAAGUCCCGGAGGGCACCAAACGGAAAGCAGGAUCCACACUGAGUGAGGGUGCUACAUAUAGGCAUGCACCAUGUGUUGAGGUGCUGCUGUGUGCUGAAACUCUGCCACUGGUGACCACUUCUUUGGCAGGAUAUGGAGGAAAAAGUAACUUCGUAUUUGCAUAUACUGCUGGAUUGCACCUAGAACAACUGGAAGGAGGCUGACUACACAGCAAUGCAGCCCACACUCCAGAACGACGAUCUCAACCUGGAAGCAGCUGUAGCAAGCAUCCGCCCCCAGCUAGUGGAGUUCCUCAGCCACCGUCCCGACUGGCUGCUCGCUGCCUCCCAGCGCUUCCUCCCCAUGGCUGUCCUCAGCAGCUGGGCAGGUGUUGCUGACCGCAGAGAAAAGGUCUCUGUGCUCCUCGACCUGCUGGAGAAGGCUGGCCACGCCACCUGGAAACAGUUUGCACAAUGCCUGUGCAUGGAGUGUGACCUGCCCCUGGAAAUGGAGAUACUGCUCAUGAGUUCUGCAGGAGAAGGUAACUCGACUCAGAAGCAAGAAGUGCACACAGAUACGAGUGACCAGUCCUCUGUGCCAAGAGGGUUGACGCGCCGCCGCCGUAGCAGCAGCCCCAUCAGUGAUAGGGAUGCUAAACAGCAACGCCUGGAUUCAGCUGAAAAGUAUCGCCGUCUUCUCGUUGACUCCAUCUGCAAGAGAUACGGAAGCAGGAGAGCAGCAGGAGCAGCAGCACAAGAGCCGGUGCAGCCGCUGGCUUUCAGCCAAGCCUUUGUCAACCUCGUUCUUCGGCAGAGCAAAGCCUCCCGACUGAAAGAGAGGGCAGAUAAACCCCGAGAGGACGUGCCCAGUGCCCCCGAGCCAGAAGAAUGUGUGGAUACAGCCGUGAGGGUAUCAGAUCUGUUUGGUAGCGUGGUCCGAUCGGGUGCAACGAAGGUGAUUUUUUUGUUUGGUAAACCAGGUACAGGCAAGACCGUGCUGAUGCACAGGAUUUGUCAGAAGUGGGCAGAAGGUGUCUUGCAUCAGUUUCUCUUCACUUUCCUGUUUGAGUUCCGGCAGUUGAAUUUACUAAAAAGAAAACUGACUCUGAAGGAGCUUUUGUUUGACCUGUUUCUUCAGCCUGAAGACAGCUCUGAUGCAGUGUUCCAGCACCUCCUGGAAAACGCCCAGCGUAUACUGAUCAUCUUUGAUGGGCUGGAUGAGUUUGCGGGUAACAUGGACGUGUCGUCAUCUUCUAAAGGAAGCUCGAAUCGUUGCUCCAGUAUGUCCAUAUCUGAACUCUUUGCAGAGCUUUGUCAUGGGAACCUCCUGCCUGGUUGCACGGUGUUGGUCACCAGUCGCCCUAAGAGGCUCCCCGACUUCUUGAUAAACACAGUGGAUUUGUUGGCAGAAGUUUGGGGGUUUGAUCACGAGAAGGUUGAGGAAUACGUCAGCCACUAUUUUCGUCAUCAUUCAUUCAGAGAGCAAGCCAUCGCUCACCUGAAGAACAACACCAAGCUCCUCAGCAUGUGCCAGAUCCCUGCUCUGUGUUACGUCGUCUGCAUCUGUUUGGAGUAUUGGCUCCUUAAACAUCAGACGAGCGUGGAACUCCCUCAGACCAUGACACAGUUUUAUAUCAAAAUGCUUCUCAUCUUCAUAAACAAACAGCAGGGAGAGCAUGCGGGUGAUGAGGAGGCUCAGCUGAACAGUAACAAGAAGGCCAUUUUGGGUCUGUGUGAUCUUGCACUGAAAGGCCUGGAAGCUAAGAAGCUCGUGUUUUACGUUGGAGAUAUUCCAGAGCACGUGAAAGAGUUUGCUUCCUUGCACGGUCUGCUGACUGUCUUUGAGGUGAAGACGAACAGCGCUCGCCCCGAGACCGGCUAUGCCUUUGUGCACUUGAGCCUGCAGGAGUUUUUUGCAGCCCUCUGUCUCAUGAUAAGCAAGAAUGUGGACAAGAGCCACCUGAAGAGGAAGUUAUCUCUGAAGUCCAAGUGGACGUUAAGGAAUGAGGCAAAGACUGAGUUCAUGGAGAGCUUUCACAUCUUCCUCUCAGGCUUGUCAUCUAAAGAGUGUAGAACAUUUCUCAUGUUGCUAGCUGAACAAAGUGAAGCUUGGGUGCAGGAUAAGCAAGAUGUCAUCCUUCAGUCCCUCAAGAAACUGGCAGCCACUCAGCUGACCGGGCCCAAAGUCAUCGAGCUCUGCCAUUGCACGUUUGAAACGCAGGGCCUUCAAGUGGCCCAGCACAUUGGGAGCCUGCUGAACUUCAAGUAUGAGUUUAAAAACUUCAGACUGACACCUCUGGACAUGUCGGCUUUGGUUUUUGUCAUCAAUUUGGGCCAGGAUGUGACUCGUUUGGAUUUUGCGGGGUGCCCCUUAGACACAGGCUGUUUGGAGAUGCUGGCCAGCUGUAGGAAUGUGGAGCAUCUGAGCUUUCGGAGUAGGAGGUUUGGUGAUGACUUUGCUGCUGCACUUUCAAAGAGCUUAGGAGGAAUGGGGAGCCUGAAGAAACUAGAGGUGACAGGUGGGAGCAUCACAGCUGUGGGGCUGACUGAUGUGGUCCGAGCUUUGUCACAUUGCCUGCAGCUCGAGGAAAUAAACUUGCAGGACAACCGGGUACAGAAUCCAGACGUAAAGACAGUGAUGGAGCUGUUUUCCAGAAUGGAAAAGCUAAAGAAAAUAGAUCUGAGCAAGAACAAUCUUUCCUUGAGUGCUGUUCUCCUGUUGGCCAAAGAAGUCACUGUGUGUCAGAAUGCUACUGAGCUACGUGUCAGGAAGGACACUGUGGUAAUAUAUUUCUCGGGCACAUCUGGGAAAGUUCCAAGGUCUUUGGAUUUGUGGGAACCAAACAAGGAAUGUGCGACUCCAACCAGACAUCUGAGGCUGUGCUUGCAGGCUUGUGGCUUGUCCUCAAAACAUGCAGAGGAGAUCGUGUCCAUUCUCCAGAGCUACCCACACCUCUCUGAAGUGGAUUUAUCAGAUAACAAGCUUGGGGAUGAAGGCUGCAGUUUCCUGCUGGAAAACCUUCCCUGGAUUUCAGUUUCAAAGCAGCUGAAUCUGAGUCACAACCUGCUCUCCGUUAACGGCCUUUACAGUCUGUUGAAGGCAGUGAAUUCCUGUCAGAAGGUGGUGGAGGUGGAAGUCAGCCUUUAUCAUAACACUGCAGUCCUGAGGUUUACAGAAGAUGGAGAAUUUGCUUCCCCUCCUCCUGGUAGGGAAGAGCCUUUGUACCCUACUGAUGACCAAUGGGAUGACAAAGAAAACCAGACACCUGCUCCCUCCAAAAAAAUAAGGUUGACAGACUGUCGUUUUCAAGCCAACGACCUGGAGAAGCUGUGUGCAGUCCUGAAGGAAUGUGGCAGCAUCUCUGAGCUGGACCUCUCAAGUAAUUAUCUGGGAGAUGAAGGACUUGCCCAGCUGUUGCAGUUCCUCCCGAAUCUGAAAAUGUUAAGGUCACUCAAGCUAAAUAACAAUCAGAUCUCCCUGAGCUCUGUGUUCUGCUUAGCUCAGUCCUUAUGUACACUGGAACACAUUGAAACAAUGGACCUCAGCUUAGGACGCAUGCAGGUGGUUCAUCUAACCUUUGGGGACAGAAUCAGGCUCAAAAGGACCAGCAGAUGGAGAAGUUGUUUCCUGGUGCAUCCAAAGCACGUAACAAAUGGACAGUGCUUUCGUCUCAGGGAUUGCAUGGUGGGUCCUGAGGAUGUGACCAGGCUGUGCCAGAUACUGACACAGUGUGCCCAGCUGACGGAAAUCGAUCUGUCUGGAAAUGCACUGAGUGACCAAAGCAUUGAGAGAUUACUGAGCUUCCUGCCAUACCUGUGCCAGCUGACACUACUGAGUAUCAGGAACAACACGUUUUCCCCAUGUUGUGCUGUCUUAUUUGCCAACUCGAUCAAUCUCUGUGAGCGCAUCAGAAGGGUGGAAGUCAGGUCAAGUCAGAACGCUUUUUUACACUUAAGAACAAGCAUGCAAAGCCAGAAGGCAUCCUGCAGGCUGACUGACUGUGCCAUCGGCCAAAGGCAGAUAGAGAAGCUCUGCAGAGUCCUGGAGCAGCAUGGGUGGCUGGCAGAACUGGAUCUCUCCAGGAAUCAGCUGGGAGAUGAAGGCUUGAGGUACCUCUUGGACCACUUGCAUCGAGUGCCUGUUGCCUGUUCUCUCAAUCUCAGCCACAAUGGGAUUUCUCAGCGUGGAGUUUUGCAUCUCGUAAAUGCCUUUUCCACUUCUGGAAAUACCACUGAAGUUCAGGUCAGUCUGUGCUCCAAGGCAACUUUAAUCAUCAAGCUGACAAGCAGAGAAGACCCAAGAAAGAUUUUGAGGCUCACAGAAUGCAGCUUUCAGCCAGAGCACUUGGAAAAGCUGUGGUUGGUGCUGGAGAACUGCACCAGUCUGACAGAAUGCAUAUCCUCCAACAACAACGUGACAGUCGAUGCUGCAGAGGGGCUUUUACGUUCACUGAGCAAAACUCCAGGUCCUCUGAAAAUCAGCAUAGAAGAGCCCUGGGUGUGUGAGUUGAGGGUCAGGAGCCUUCUUGAGCUGGCUGUCCAGGCCCAUGGAAACAUCACUGCGAUCACGAUACGUAAAGAGAAAAGCCUCUUCCAGCUAGGCGUAAGGCUCCCACACUGCCUGGAAAAGGUGGGCUCAGUCGUUAGCAGAUUGAAUUUGAAUGAGCCAGAAAUCAAACAGGCUUGCUUCUACCAAAGGGUUCGUGACAAAUGCACCCAGCUUCAGGAGCUGAGGUGGUCUCAUGUUGAACUCCACGAUGACACAGAAAUGCUAGUCAGCAUUUUGCUGCCUCUUCCAGACCUGAAGAAGUUUGAGCUGACCUCUUGCAGUUUUACACCAGCUGGAAUUGACUGCUUGAUCACAGGCCUGCAGAGGUGCCAGGCUAUUGAAGAGCUCAACCUGGGCCACAUGAAGCUCGGUGAUGCUGCCAUUCCUAAACUUGUGCUUGGGCUCUGUGAAAUGCCAUCUCUGAAAAGGCUGAUCUUGAACCAUAAUGGUAUUGGUGACGAUGGCUGCUCCAGACUCGUAGAAGCCCUGAGGACCAUGCACUGCAUGGAAGAAAUCAAUUUAGGCCACAACAAGAUUGGAGAUCUAGGCCUGAUAAAUAUAGCUGCUGUCCUGCUGGAAAUGCAAAACUUGAAGAGAAUCGACCUCUCAGGGAACUGUCUUAGUCCUGCUGGAGGAGAAAAGCUGAUGGAAGCUCUUGCCAAUUGCAAGCACCUCGAGGAGCUAAUAUUAUCAAGGAAUGCUUUUGGAGAUGGGACAGCGGUGAAACUUGCCCUCUGUCUGCCUCGCAUGAGCAGGCUGAGGAUCCUGCACUUGCAGCACAAUAACAUCGGGCCAGCAGGAGGAACGGAGCUGGCCAGAGCCCUGGUGGCAUGUGGACUGUUAGAAGAGAUAAGUUUAUCUGAAAACGGCCUUGGGGAAGGAAGCAUCCGUGCCCUGUCUGAGAGACUGCUGCAUUUUGAGCACCUCCGGAAGAUUGAGUUGAAACUCUGUGGAAUCACUGAUGAUGCUUCAAAAUUACUCUCUUGCGGCUUCCAACAGUGCCCUGCCAUGGAGGAGAUAAUAUUGUCUUGGAACGCCCUUGGUGAUGGAGGAGCCCAAGCGUUGGCCAGCAUCCUCCCAGGGAUGGAAAAGCUGAAGGUGUUAGACCUGGAGAAAAAUCGCAUUGGUGCCUGUGGUGCUACAAAGCUGGCAGAGGAACUUGUCAGGUGCCCAGAAAUUCAGUUCAUAAGGCUGUGGGACAAUCCAGUGCCCAAGGGCCUCGCUGAAAGUUUGACAAGUCAAGACCCAAGACUGUGCUUCUCCUUCUGUUAGCAGAGAAGAGCCCUCACCUGAUUGAAAUUGCUCUCUGUUUCUCGUUGACCUCAAGAAUUGCACUAAAAGGGAUCCUGAAGAACCCAGGAAACCAAAGUUCCUCCAGUUAAAACUGUAAUUAUGUCUUCCUUCACUGCACUGGACAAAAUGUGAGCACUUACGUGUGUUUUGUUUAUGGUGAGCUUUUAUGCAAACCAGAAGACUGAAGAGCUGCUGCUGAGCAGGCAGCAUUCUCGGUGUACCAACUCUUCAGCUAGCUUUGGGAUGAUGAGAUGCAUCUGAUCACACUUCCAGAAAACCAGCAGAAUACUUCAUUAUCCUUAAUCAAGAUUGCAACACCUACAGGAUGUUCCAAUCAAAGGAUGAACAUCCUCCAGGAGAGGAUGUAAUUAUUUUUUUUUUAUAACAGAACUGUAAACUGUUGACACAGUUACAAACGCACUGGAACAAGCUGCUUGAAAAUUGUGUAUAGCUCUUUGUGAGAUACCUCUAAGGACUGCAAUAUAGGUUGUUUCUUGCUUCAUAGCAGGCUCUUCCUCCUGCAGAAUUGCUUCUGUUUCCUGGUAAAGCCUUCGUGUUAUUGCAGUACAAAUGAUGGAUCAAUGGUUGUCCAGCAAUGGUUGUUGGACAGUGAUCUGUAUUUGCAAGGUGAUUACAUGGAAAGGCUGAUACUGCCUUGUAUUUCAGUGAGAAAACUAAAGUACUGAGGCUGAAGGACAGUUUGUAAGAGAACUGUGACUGCUCUGUGUGAGAGGAUAUGCCUGCUUUCCAGAAUUUCGGUGGGGUUUUGGAUGACCAAUUGCACUGUGUCUUUGAGGUGUAGUGAGGGAUGAUUUCACAUGACAUGCUGCAGUGUGGCCUGCAGAAAGGAUCCUUCAGGCCUCUACUACUGAAUCCCAAAGCCUGGCUGUGCUGCUGCUGGACCCGUGAAGACCAGAGGGAGAAGAUCCCAAGCACUGAGUUUGAUGUACUGCUGAGACCAACCAUGACUGCCCCUUGUCUGCAUGGAACGACGGCUUGCGUUGCUGCUAUGUCGUCCUCAUUAUUUAUUAACUUGUGUUAUAAUGUUUUCCUUAUGCGUUUGUGCUGUAAAUAUUUAAUCCUUGUGGUGAGCUCAUGGAAUUUUGUUUACAGCAGCGUUUGCCUGGAAAGAGCAAAGUGCUGUGAUUUGGGCAGGGCAGGAGUGGGAGCGAGGCGGAAGCUCUGGGCCCUGGGUUGGGGACCAGCUGACGUCUGUUCCUCCUGGAGGAGCUGCCGGCCUUGUUUUAGGGUCAGCAUCAGGUCUAUAGCUAUACUCUGACAAAGCCACAAGAAAAAAUGUUAGUGAAAUUUCUUAGUAGACCGUAACUCGUUAAAGUAAUCAAGUCUCUGAGAUUUAAACACUGGAUUUUAAGGAUAAACUUCACCAAAUAUGGCAUUUCUCUUCAUUUUGGGUUUUCAGGUCUAGGUUGCAGAUGCAAAGCUUUCUAGUGUCUGCUGGAGGAACAGCGUGGCACACGAGUGCUGUGGUGCCACUGCUUCCCUACAGCUUCCCAGCACACAGGUUUGCUAAGGGGGCUCCUCCUGCCCCUGGGCUCCCAGAACUUGGGGAAACACAGAGGGUGGGCAGAGUGCUCAGUAAGAGCUCAUUCCAGUCCAGACUGUGAGCUGAAAAGCUGUAUUUCCUGCAUUUUCAUCAUUGUUUUAGUGCUGCGUCUCGUAAAUAACGAUGUUUGCUGGGUGCGAAGAAGGGAAGCAGUGUGCUGGCACUCAGCACACCCCAGCACAGCAGUUUUGCAGCAGCCACCAUAAGAGCUGUGCUCUUCUGGGCCGCCUCCCUGAUGCACUCCAAGAUUUCACUUUGUUCAGGUGUUGUGAUGAUUUCUUUUCCUCACUUACUGGCGUGUGCUGUUUUUCCUCCUUAUUUCAAUGGCAAAAACUUGACAUCGGGUAAUUGGGAAUGCCACUUGGAUGAGUGCUUUACUUUUCGAGUCACUGUUGUUCUUUGGCUCUGGGGGGGGGGCUGCCUUUGCCCUGAGAUCAGAUGCAGUGGUGGAUGUGUUAAAAAGAUGAGAAAAUAAACGGAG